UUAACAAGUAGCCCUGUACUUGGUGUGCUUUAAAUGAGGCCCUCUUAUUGGUUAUCACACUAAAUACUCAAUUUGCUCGUUCCUCUUUUCUUCCUCCUCACUAAUCCCCACUUCUCUUUUUCCUCUUUUUACUUAUCUCUCUCUCUCUCUCUCUCAAUUGAUGAUGAAGACUUCAAAUCUGGCGUAUGUAUAUAUAUAUAUAUAAACCCCUGACACGCUCAUCUGCCUCUUCAAUUACCCAACACAACAUGGUUCCCCAGUGGCUUGAAAUUCUUCUGGGUCAGAAAUUCUUUGCGCCCUGUGAAGUUCAUGAGUGUGCUAAGAAGAAAAAGAAGGAGAAGAACAUAUUUUGCUUGGAUUGUUGCAUCAGUAUCUGUCCUCAUUGCUUGCCUCCUCACGCCUCUCACCACCACUUGCAGAUACGGAGGUAUGUUUAUCACGAUGUUGUACGCUUGGGUGAUGCUCAAAAGUUGAUAGACUGUUCCUUUGUUCAGCCAUACACAACAAACAAUGCAAAAGUGGUGUUCUUGACUGAAAGGUCAAUGUCUCGUCCCUUUAGAGGCUCUGGCAAUUUCUGCAUCAAAUGCAACCGUAGUCUGCAACACCCAUUUCUUUUCUGCUCUCUCUCUUGCAAGGUUCAAGCAAGUACUAAUUGCUCAACUCAGUACGAAAAUGGCGAAAUGACUCCUAACUCAGUUCUUGACUCGCCCGUUUCUCGCCAAACUCAGUCCAACUCAGCAAGUGCUAGUUCUGCCAGCACUACUACGACUACGACUACUAUUAGUACUGCAGUGUGCAGGUUCUCGUUAAGUCUCGCUUGCACUGUCACUACGGAGUUCAUCAAGCGGAAACGCAGUGUCGUUUCACUGCCUCGAGGUUCGUGCAGAGAGAAUUGGUCGGCGGUGGCUGACAGUGGAGGCUUCAUGAGACGAAGAAAGGGUGUGCCUCAUAGGUCGCCUUUGAAUUGAAACAUGUGGGUGGGUCGGUGGAUAGGAUAUAUUUGGUAUUUCAAUAUUUGUUAGAGGGUGUUUUGGGUAUUUUGGAUUUCACUGCUCAAUUUUUGUACAGGUAUUUUGUUUACCUGUUGGUGGUAUUCACGCGGAGAGUGAGAUGGAUUUAUCAUGUAAAAAAGUUAUUAAUUAAAUAUGUUUAAUUAUUAGGAAAA